GCGGCCUGCUCCUCCCCCCUCCCCUCCCGCCUCUGCCCCUGCCCCGGGGCGGCGGGUGGCGCUGGCCGCGGCGGCUUGGGGCUCAGUGUCCUUGUGCGGAAAUGACACACGGUCCCGUCACGUCACGCGAGAGCGCAGCGCGCGGACCCUCGCACACAAAGAGCGGGGGGGAAGCGCGGGCACCAGCGGCGGCCGCUCCAGCCGCCCCCGCCGUCCCGGGGCUCCCGUGGCCCCGCGGGGAGCCUAGUGAGAUAGAAGAUGAACUCAGCUGAAAUUACUGAUGAUGAUGAAGUAGAAAUUCCUACAAAAGAUAUUGUGAAAGUAGAAACAGAAAAUGAAGAUGAAGCUCUAGACUGCUCACUAACAUCCAGAUCUUCUGAGAAACACUCACUGGAUGGCGCAGUUACUUGCCUACAGGAAUCCAACAAACGGAAACAGACCUCACUUGGUUGUGAUGGUUCAGGGACCCAGCAAGAUGUCUUAUCCAGUGUGAAGAAAAGACGCUUUACAUUAGAGGGCCCCUAUUCAAACAUGAAGAACAGAGACACUGGCUCACCAACUCAGGUAAAUACAGAGCAGCCAAACAAGAACAAGAAUCCUAAUAUAACGUGGCUCUGUGAAGAAGAACCCUUCAGUGACAUAACCACUCCAUCUUAUAAAAAACCUCUCUAUGGCAUCUCACACAAAAUUACAGAGAAGAAGAACCCACCAGGAACAGAGCAAUUUGCUUCUUACGAUUUGUUUGACAAAAUCAGUCCCAGCAGUCCCUCGCAUCUUCGGACUUUGAAUGAUCAGCGCAAAAGGGAUUCUGCUGCAACCAUUGCUGUAACAGCUGCCAGCACAGAUUCUGAUCCAAAUAUAUAUUCUUUAAUACAGAAAAUGUUUUACACGCUUAACACCCUCAAUUCCAAUAUGACUCAGCUUCACAGCAAAGUUGACCUGUUGUCUCUGGAGGUUAGCCGAAUUAAGAAGCAAGUCAGUCCGGCAGAGUCUGUCGCUGAGUUCAAGCCUCCACCUGAGUACCAGCUGACUUCUGCAGAGCUCAAACAAAUCAUGGAUCAAAGCACAUCAGGUGGAGACUUAGCCUGCCGGUUACUAGUGCAGCUCUUCCCAGAGCUCUUCAGUGACGAUGAAUUCAACAGAAACUGCAGUGCAUGCGGCUUUCUCAACAAAAGGAAACUUGAGUCUCUUCAUCUGCAGCUUAUCCGUAACUAUGUGGAAGUUUGUUAUCCUUCUGUGAAGAAUACAGCUGUGUGGCAGGUGGAGUGUUUGCCUCAAGUCAAUGAUUUUUUCAAUAGAUUUUGGGCCCAAAGGGAAAUGGAAAACAGUCAACAGAAUGUGCAAUCAUCCAGCUUUUAUGAGACUGAGCAGGUAGAAUCCUCUCAUUUUAUUGAGGAUAAAGAGCAAGAAGAAGCUCUGUCCUUGGACAGGAGUAGUGUCAUUGCCUCAGAUUAUGUUCUGGAUGCUCAGGAUCUCAACGAAUUCCUAGAUGAAGCUUCUUCUCCUGGGGAAUUUUCUGUUUUUUUGUUACACAGAUUGUUUCCAGAACUCUUUGACCACAGAAAAUUAGCUGAAAGGUACAGCUGCUAUGGAGACUCUGGGAAGCAACUGCUGGACCCUCAUCGCCUGCAGAUAAUCCGUAGGUACACUGAAAUUUACUUUCCAGAUGUGCAAGAAGAAGAAGCCUGGUUGCAGCAGUGUGUCCAGCGAUUAAAUGAUGAGCUUGAAAAUAUGUAUAUGGAUGGAAGUGAAUGUGAUCAGAUGAGAGAUGACUGUUAUGAUUCCUCUAGUUUACCAGAUGAUGUAUCAAUCAUAAAAGUGGAAGACAGUUUUGAAUAUGAGAAACCUGGUAGGCGCUCAAAAAAAAUCUGGCUUGUACCCAUAGACUUCGACAAACUUGACUUUCCCCCUCCAGAUUUUGAUGUUCCUGUCCCAGAUUACUUGUUGAACAAAGAACAGAUUAAAAACAUAUAUGAAAGCAGUCUUUCCAUAGGCAACUUUGCCUCUCGAUUGCUUGUUCUCUUAUUCCCUGAACUGUUUACUCAUGAAAACUUGCGGAAGCAAUACAACUGUAGCGGAUCUUUAGGCAAGAAACAGCUAGAUCCCACUAGAAUUAAAUUAAUUCGACAUUAUGUGCAGAUACUGUACCCAAGAGCAAAGAAUGACAGAGUGUGGACAUUGGAAUUUGUUGGGAAGCUUGAUGAGAGGUGUCGGCGAAGAGACACUGAGCAAAGGCGCACGUACCAACAGCAACGUAAAGUCCAUGUGCCAGGGCCCGAGCGGAGAGAAUUUCUUAGCUAUGCAAUAAACCCAGAAAGAUUCAAAGAAGAGUUUGAAGGACCACCACUACCACCUGAAAGAAGCAGCAAGGAUUUUUGCAAGAUACCACUUGAUGAACUUGUUGUUCCUAAUCCAGACUUUCCCGUGCCUUCUCUGUAUUUGCUGUCGGAUAAGGAAGUAAGAGAGAUAGUACAGCAGAGCCUUUCAGUUGGAAACUUUGCUGCCAGGCUUCUUGUAAGACUCUUUCCAGAACUCUUUACUCCAGAGAAUCUCAGACUGCAAUAUAACCAUUCAGGUGCUUGUAACAAAAAACAGCUCGAUCCCAUCAGACUGAGACUGAUCCGUCAUUACGUGGAAGCAGUUUAUCCCGUGGAGAAAAUGGAAGAAGUGUGGCAUUAUGAAUGUAUACCGAGCAUUGAUGAAAGAUGCCGGCGUCCUAACAGAAAAAAGUGUGAUAUACUGAAAAAAGCAAAGAAAGCAAAAAAGUGACAGGAUCUUGAAAUUCCUAAGACUUUGACCACUAAAUUAUUUGUCAGGAUUACGCUUUGUUUUAGACUGAGGGGCUUGUCAGAAGCUGAGGGCGCUCAGCAUCUAGGACAGUUAGGCACUAAGGUUGUUGCUUUUUAAUGUGUGUGUUGCAUAUACAUGGGCACUGCAGCAGUGGGAAGUGGCUUACUACAUUUGUACAUGGGUAAAGAUUGUAAGUCAUCGGUGACAGAGUUAUUAAUGACUUACUAAGAACAUGAAUUUCACUGGUGCAAAUACAUGUAUUAAAACUGUAUUAUUCCACUCCCCAUUUCUGCAUCUUCCUUUUUUAUCACUUUCUAAUAAUAAAGAUUUUUUUUAAAUAAAUCGUUGUGCUCUUCAGGGGCAGUUUUUCAUUAUACCCUUAUAAACAGUCAUGUUAGUUAAUUGAGCGUCUGAAGUUUAAACUUCAUUUAAAUACAAGUUUCACAAUUUUUGAAAGUGCCAUGUUCAUUGAAAAUCACUGGAAUAUCAGACUUUACUUCUACAGUAAUUGCAGCUAUACAUUAUUUUUGUUCUUGAUAAUACUGAGAUACUGAAAAUAAUAAUACUGUGUCAAAAAUGGGUCAGAAUGGUAUAAUUUCCAUUUUUAACUGUUACCCAUGUUUUAUUUCUAUAAAUAAGAAAUGAACUGUAAGAAUUGAGACUUGAGAAUAGACACAAUGUAAAUGUUUUUCUACAUUGACACUACAAGCUUAAUCCCGGCCCCAUGAUUUUUAUCUUGUUGUGUUCGUCAUCACUGCUGGUAUGAUUAAGGCUGGCCUGUCUGAGUAAAGCCAGCAGAGCACACCCAGGCCUAUAGCUGUGGAAUGUAGUGCCAUUGCCUGUUGGUCACUCUAUUUGUAAAAUAACAGAGACAACAAGAAAAAAAAAGACUUGAAACAAGAACUCAGAAAAAAAUUAGACCUUACUCUCUGUGAAAAUCAUGAUUCCAAAGGUUUCCACUAUUAAUAUUUAAUUGAAUAUGCAAGAAGUACAUGCAAAGAUUGUUUUUGUGAUGGAAUGAAGUGUUGCAGGGUCCCCACUUACAAGCUGUUGUAAUGUAACUCAUUCUUUGCAUAAAUGCAGCACUGUCUGGGUUUUUCAGGUGUAGGGAUAUGUGAACUCCCUCCUUUAUCCAAAAUAUUUAGUGCAAUUAAUAGAUAUGUGGAGGCAUAAUUGCAUAGCUUUGGGUCACAUGAUCAAGAUUGCAUCACUUAUAUGUUUAUGUGUAACCAAGACCACCAGGAACCCAGUGUGAUUUUGCUGUAUGAUUCAUUCACUGGAGGGUGCUGCUUAAAAACUAGUUUUCCUCUUCUUUUUUUACUGAUGUAUAUGGUGAGAGAGAGAGUCAGGCCUUCACUUUUAGGUCAGUAAAGACAGUGAUUGCUUAACACUGUCUCUGGGAAGCCUUGGAGCAAUUGUUGAUGUUCUCUGUGGUCCUUUUUUUGUUGUUUACUUAGAUGGGUCAUAGUAUCAAAUUUUAAUUCAGCUCCAGUGUAAUUUUCUAUUUUAGCAUUUGUAAGUAAGUACAAAAUACUUGGUAUUUUUACUUCAGAUUUUUAGAAUUUAUUGUUCGUAGAAUCAUAUUGAUCCCUCCUUUUAAAAAACGAAAGCAAAACAUUUGUUCCUAAUGACAAGAAUUAGCAAAAGUGUAUUAUGUUAAACCAGGAGUAAAUCAUAAUAGAUACUAAAUUUUCUCAUUUUCCCCGUAUUCUAGCAACAUUCUCAAAGAAUGUAUGAAGAAAGUCAUGAAUGUACUAAAUAAUACGCUGACACUGUUUAAAUCCAUUUAAAUUUAAAUGUUUCCUGAUGGCUUAAGUAAUAGCAGAACAUGCACAAAAUGGAUAUCAGAGCAAAUAUGGCUAUAAUAAAAUUAAAACAUGUUACCAAAGAUAAAGAAAUCAUACCACAUCUGCAUUUUAUCUUUCAUUUUAGUGCAUAAAUUCAGCAACUUGAAUGUAUCAGAAACACAGACUUUUUUUGUAAUUGUAUGCUACCUAGCACCUCUGUGAACUUUUUUACAUGCACUUUUGUGGGAGAUAUAAAAUGAUAGAAAACAAUAACAGCCUCUUAAUUUGAUGUUGCGAAUGGCUGACCAGAAGGUAAGAAAUGUGAAGUGCAAGUUUUCUCUAUAAUGUACUUUUACUUAUCUUAAUGUCAAAUGUGUUUUAUGGCUAAGUGAUGUUAAAGCUCCCUAAAGAAUUCAGUAUGUAUUAAACUUCUGUACAAUUGACAGAUGUUACUAGCUAGCAUGCAAAUUUGAGACAUACUGCCUUUUACUGUAGAUGUUGACAUUUUGCAAUAUUUUGAAUCACCUUCUCCUGACAGGUCAAAAAAAUCAGUUCCUUCAUAUUACUGAGUAGUGAAAAAUGAUUUUCACCUUCUAAAAUGACAUUUUCAAAACUGAGUAUAGAAAGAUCCUCACUGUUUUUUCUCUUAACUUCUAAUAACUAUGUACAUUCCUUUUUAUCUCGCUCUCCACAGUCCUUUCAUGAUUUUUUUUUUGAUUGUAUGUUUUAUAAGUGAUAGAAAGAAAGUACAGACAUAUGAAUAGCAACAUAGUUCAUAAAGACAGCUCUUGCAGUGCAUACGAAGUACAGCCACUUCGUCCAGUUUGUCAGUCUUGUAAAUAAAUUAAAGGUAUAUUAUUUUCAUACAA